GUCCAAUUUGAUUAUCGAGCGACAUUGAAAUUCAGUAGAACGUUGUUUCAUGUAAACCGAGUUUUGUUCCGGCUCGAGUCCGCAGCGUGUCUAGCUUUCUUUCCACUUUUUGCUGCCUUGCAGAAGCUCACAUUAACGCUAGCGCCGUGUUUCUAGACUGACUGUCCAGCCAGAUCGCCUAAUUUCUAUGGCAGAUUUUCGCCUCGUCAAUCCCGAAGGUUGGGAAUACGAUCUUCAGUCUGUGUACUCUGCCUACAUAGGUUAUUUCCAGCUGCACAAUGUCCCUUGGUACGAUCGGACAUGGGGGCAGUUCUUCGAGACGUUUGAACAGUUUCUGGGAUUUUCAUGGCCUGUUAUUACUGUUACAGACUCGUGGACUGGCCGCGCGCAUAUUGUUACCCGGUUGACAACCGUUGGUGCGUUCAUCAAAAUGAUCAAGACUCGUUUCGGCGAGACCCUCCCUACGCCCGACAAUAUGCUAAAGGUCACGCACUUCGAGACGGCCCAACGACAUCUACGAAACGUCGCAGACUGGGCGACGUACAAGAAGCUGUACACGACACUACCAGCAGUAGCGCUCGCAGCGUUCAAAGCUCGGGUACGCGCUGGCGAGCCGAAAGCGAUCCGGGAGUUGUGGGCAAAGCGUGACAAGACGUUUUUAGCGAUCGAUUUUGAAUGGAGCGAGAGGAACCCGGCGACGUUUUUGGAGUGGGGGUAUGCGGCUGUUCGGUGUGGACAUCUUGAAGCGUAUGCAUUUCUGUUUUGUUCUUUCCUGUGUGAUUACCUGUUAUUGAUGGAUUUGAUUUGCAGUGUCGGCGCGUGGCCUCCUGCGCCCGAAACGAAUUAUCGGAAGGGCCAUUAUAUCAUUGGUGAUUACGUGGAUAAGAUCGUCAACAAGCACUGUCCUACGCACCCCUGGCAGUAUGCUUGGGGCGACAGUCAAGUAAUACCGAAAACGAAGUUACCACAAAUUGUCCAGUCUGUGAUUAGCAGCCUAGCAAGCCCGGACACAGAAACUGCCGCCAAUAACCUUGUCCUCGUAGGGCAUGGUGUCACCUCCGACAUCCAGCGACUCGAAGAGACUAAAAUCAAAAUCCCUCACAACGUCCUCAUAAUCGACACCGCCUCCUUCGAACGCGCACUCUUCAACACCGGCGAGCGAGGGGCGAUGCACGACCCCAAAACUGGCAAACUCCGUGCACAGGGCUCCACGCUCUCCCUCGGCGGGCUCCUGCACUCCCUAAGUAUCGACCCUCCAUGUGCGCUUCACAAUGCAGGGAACGAUGCGUUUAUGUGUUUGCUCGCACUGCAGAAGAUGCUAGAACCUAGUACGUCUACGCCCAGGCCUACACUUGAUCCUGAUGGGCGGAGGAAACUGAAGACGGCGGGGUCACCGUCCCCCAUGGCAUUUUUGGGGUUCUUGACGGUGGGGAGUGCCGAGGGGCGGCCAAUGUCUGGGUAUUUGAUGUCUCCUGGUGGGUCGGGAUCGCCGAGGGUCGGUGGUGGUACGCCGGACGAGAUGGGUUCGGUGAGGAGGGUUUCGAAGUAUGGGAGCGCGUCUCCGCCUGGGACUGGUGGGAGUUGGAAAGAGGAUAAGGAUAGGGAGAAGGGGAAGGAGGGGUGGGCGCGGUCGGGUAUGGGGAUUCGAUCGGUGACGAAGUGAUGCUGGUUGGUGAUGGUAUGACACUCAAACACUUGAACACUUGAUACCUGAUACUUCGUCUGCUAAUGACUUUUGCAUAUGCAUAUGUUCUCUGGUUUGUUUCGUUCUUCAUAGGACUUUUUGAUACUCGCCUGCAUACCUUACAUGCACGUAAUUCUUGUCUCGGACUCGGACUUGUAGGACUCCAUUGUAUGCAGUCAUGAUACGUAUGAGUAACCCAUCUUCGACGCGUUUAUUCAGAACCAAAGGCAAUAUUCGUAGGUAUGUAGGUAGUACUUGCACACCUGGUACGCUAUAAACUGUUUGAAGUUAAAUCGACCGUUACGUGGCGAUCAACUUCCAGCA